AUGGGUUAGUUGAAUAAAAUCGAUUAGAAUUUAUUAGUUAAUCAUUAGAUGUAGGAUUUUAGAUUAUAUAUAUAAAAAGUGGAAUAAAAAUUAUGUAAGAAUUAUUUAAAAUAAAGUUUUAGAGAGAUGGAAAGUUAUCCAUAGUUGUAUUCAAAGGAUAGAUUAGAAUAGUUUAAGAUAAAAUACAAAGAUUUUAUCUAAUUAGAUGUUUAAAAGGAGAUUCAUUGUGGGAUUAUAAAUUUAGAUGAAUUACACAUAGCAGGUAUAAUAUAUUUAUUUAAUUAUAGCCAAGCUUCUAUAAUAAGGAGAAUUAGUAGCAUUUCCAACUGAAACUGUUUAUGGAUUAGGAGCAAAUGCUAAAAAUGCUUAAGCUAUAUUGAAUAUUUUCAAAGCAAAGAAAAGACCAUUAAGUGAUCCUUUGAUUGUUCAUGUUCAUGAUAAGAAUAAUCUCUAUACAGAUAAGCCAGAUUAUGUUGAUUAAUUUGCAGAAUUAUUUUGGCCAGGACCUUUUACAAUAGUUUUAAAGUAUAAGAUUAAAAAAUAUACUAGAUCGACUUAAUUAGAGACCACAGAAAUUUUAUCAGCGGGGACAGGGUCAAUAGGAAUAAGGUAAUAAAUUGUUUAAAUAUAUUUUAUAGGAUUCCAAAUAAUGAGAUUGCUUUAGAAUUGUUAAAGUUAGCAAAUAUUCCUAUUGCUGCACCUUCUGCAAAUUUAUUUACUCAUAUAUCCCCUACAAGUGCAGCUCAUGUUUUUAAUGAUUUUUAUGAUUAAAGAGUUCAUAUUAUAGAUGCUGGUAGAUGUGAUAAUGGUAUUGAAAGUACAGUAAUAAAACCAUUGGGAAAUGAAUUACAUAUAUUAAGAUUAGGAAGUUUGGCUAAAGAUACUAUUUUAAAUAAAAUAAAUUAAAGUGAAUCAUUGAAACAUUUCGCUAUUAAAUAUGAAAAUAAAUAUAUGUAGAUUGAAGAAAAUGAAGAAGACAUUGAAAAAGAAUUAUAAGAUUUAUAACAUUUAGAUCGUAAAAGUUCAAUGGAAGCUCCUGGAUAAUUUUUAAAACAUUAUUCAGCUAGAAUCAAUUCAUUUAUUCUUACAUUCAAAUCUAUUAAUGCAUUUUAAGAAAUUGAUAUAAAUUUAAAAGAAACUGUGAUCAUUGAUUUUGGGUCAGAAUUAAGAAAUAGAAUUGCUAAUUUUGAUGGUAUUAUAAUAAUAAUUAUAUAGAAACUAAAUAUAAGACUUUAUCACUUAAUUAUGAUGCUAAAGAAGCUAUGUUUAAUCUAUAUGAUUUAUUAAGAUGGGCUGAAAUACAAUAAGGGGCUUAAUAAAUUUUACUUUAUGAUUUUGAUACUGAAAUCAAUCAUCAAAUUUUACAUCAUGAAAAUAUACUCUCCUUACAAGAUAAAAUAUUUCGCUCAGCCUCUGGUUAAAAGAUUUACUAUUAAAAUAAUAAAUUUUAUUUGUGCUAGUGA